CGACAAGCCAUUGGACGCUGAAAAGUUUACGUGCGCGCGACGUAAGCAAAAGCAUACAACAAAAUAGAAAGAAGAAUCUCUGAGCAACAAAAAAAUAUAUAAUUAAUACAUACAUACGCCAAAUUGUUUAUAACAAGUAAUAAUAAUAAAAGAGAGUAUAUUCUACCAGUGUUUGCCGUGAGUGAUUGUGAGUGCGUGUGCAAUAAAUACAUAAAUACAUAUAGAAAUAAUUAUGUAUAUUAAAUAAGAAUUAAUGCAAAUAUGUACAAAUAAUAAACUAAGUUCUUUAACUGUCGUUUGUUUUGUUCGCGUUGUGCAAAUUAUAAUCAAUCGAUCCGGUCAAUUAAUUAUACGAUUUAAACAUUAUUUAUAACACGUUGCGACGGGCAAUCGUGCAAUAAUUCAAUAUAAAAUACUUCAGACCCCUUUAGAUAAACCGGGCCAACAAGUAUUUAUAGAACAUAAUGUGGCCAUCAACAAAGACAAGACAACUAUAGUUUUUGGAUCUGGUGAUUUUUUUUAAAGACAACAUUGACAAUUAAGAAACGCCUAUACAGAGUGAAACAAAACAGAACACUGCUAACAAUUUUGGAUAUUAUAAUUAAUGAGACUAUGCAAAAUUGCUCUACGGCACUUGACAAAUUAUGUAAAAUAAAAUGCUUGUAGACAACAUGAAGGCGUGGCAAUGUUGUCAAACGCCACUGCAACAACUACAACAAUAUACAGCUUUUAAUAGUUUCAUGCAUUCAAAAUGUACCGUUUGAAUGCUUCACAACAGCAGCAGCAGCAACAACAGCACCAGCAACAGCAACAAAGUGGACAACAAGUCAAACAACAUAAACAAUCAGCAAUUCCCAGUCACAUUUUGUUGCAACAACAAUUAGCUGCGGCCGCUGCUGCCGCAACUGGAGCUGGCAAUAUCAGCAAUAACAAUGCCGCCGCCGUCGCCUUGACCUUUCAAGGGGCCAAUGCAAAUGGCGGCGCAACUGCAACAACAGCGACAGCAACAACAACUACAACUGUUGAGGAUAAAUUAAAGCUAUUGACAACUGCCACGGCGACACCGUCACCGACAUCAGCAUCAGCAACAGCACCAGCAACAGUACCAGCACCCGCUAUAAUAAAAACCGAACCCAUGCCUGACGUCAUCGCCUUGACCACCAACUCCACAUCCACCUCGAAUAACAGCAACAGCUCUGUUGCAUCUGCAGCCAACAGCAGCAGCGGCAUUGCAUCGACAUCUGCGGCAGCGGCUGCUGCUGCUGCGGCUGCAGCCUCUUCCAAUGGGCAUUUGGUAUUUGUGCCCAAUAAACGGGCGCGUUUAGAUGCUCCCGAGGAUUGGAUGUCGACGCCAAGUCCAGGCAGCGUGCCCAGCUCGGCGCCGCCGUUGUCGCCAUCGCCAGGGUCACAGAACCACAGCUACAACAUGUCCAAUGGUUAUGCAUCGCCCAUGUCCGCCGGCAGCUACGAUCCAUACAGUCCCAAUGGCAAAACAGGUCGCGAUGAUCUCUCGCCCUCGAGCAGCCUCAACGGUUACUCAGCGAACGAGGGCUGCGAUGCGAAGAAGAGCAAGAAGGGUCCGGCGCCUCGGCUGCAGGAGGAGCUGUGCCUGGUGUGCGGAGACAGGGCGUCGGGGUAUCAUUACAAUGCGCUCACCUGCGAGGGAUGCAAGGGCUUCUUUCGGCGCAGCGUCACGAAGAAUGCUGUGUAUUGUUGCAAGUUCGGGCGAGCCUGCGAGAUGGACAUGUACAUGAGGCGCAAGUGCCAGGAGUGCAGACUGAAGAAGUGCCUCGCGGUGGGCAUGCGGCCGGAGUGCGUUGUGCCGGAGAAUCAGUGCGCCAUGAAGCGGCGCGAGAAGAAGGCCCAGAAGGAGAAGGACAAGGUGACAAGUUCGCCCAGCUCACAGCAUGGCCUCAACUCCAAUUCGGGGCAGGGCAUUGGUGGCGGUGGCGCAGGUGGCAACCACGGUGCCCAUGAUUACGUCAAGAAGGAGAUACUCGACCUCAUGACGUGCGAGGCCCCCCAGCAUGCCACAAUUCCGCUACUACCUGAUGAUAUUUUGGCCGAGUGUCAAGCGCGCAAUAUACCUCCAUUAACGUUCAAUCAAUUGGCCGUUAUAUAUAAAUUAAUUUGGUAUCAGGAUGGCUAUGAGCAGCCAUCCGAAGAGGAUCUCAAGCGUAUUAUGAGUCAGCCCGAUGAGAAUGAGAGUCAGACGGAUGUGAGCUUCAGGCACAUCACCGAGAUAACCAUACUCACAGUGCAGUUGAUAGUGGAGUUUGCGAAAGGAUUACCAGCGUUUACAAAGAUACCCCAAGAGGAUCAGAUCACGUUACUCAAGGCCUGCUCAUCUGAAGUGAUGAUGUUGCGAAUGGCGCGACGCUACGAUCACAACUCGGACUCGAUAUUCUUUGCGAACAAUCGAUCGUACACACGAGACUCGUACAAAAUGGCGGGCAUGGCGGAUAACAUUGAGGAUCUGCUGCACUUUUGCCGACAGAUGUUCUCGAUGAAGGUGGACAACGUGGAGUACGCGCUACUCACUGCCAUUGUGAUCUUCUCGGAUCGGCCGGGACUGGAGAAGGCCCAGCUGGUCGAAGCGAUACAGAGCUAUUACAUCGACACGCUACGCAUUUAUAUACUCAAUCGCCACUGCGGCGACUCCAUGAGUCUCGUCUUCUACGCCAAACUGCUCUCCAUACUCACCGAGCUGCGCACGCUGGGCAACCAGAAUGCCGAGAUGUGCUUCUCCCUCAAGCUCAAGAAUCGCAAGCUGCCCAAGUUUCUCGAGGAGAUCUGGGACGUCCACGCCAUACCGCCCUCGGUGCAGUCCCAUCUCCAGGCCCAGCAGGAGGAGCAGGAGCGUCUGGCGCGUGCCGAGCGCAUGCGCGGCGCCGUCGGUGGCGCCAUCACUGCCGGCCUCGAUGCCGACUCGGCAUCCACAUCCUCCCAAGCAGCCCUGGCUGCGGCGGCGCAACAACAGCAACAGCAUCAGCAGCAACAACAUCAGCAGCUGCACACUCUGCCCGUGCACUCGCUGCCCGGUGGUUCAUCUGCGGUCUCUGCGGUCAGUACCAGCAGUGAUUACAUUGGCGGAGGCGGAGGAGGAGGUGGCGGAGGCGGAGGCGGAGGAGGCAACAGCAACAGUGCAACCACUGCAGCGGCGAGCUCAUCCACCAGCAUCACAGCAGCGGUGCCGGCGAGCUCAACGACGUCAUCAGCGGUGGCCAACGGCAGCAUGUAUGCCAACGCCCACACGGCCAUGGCGCUGAUGGGCGUGCCCCUGAAGUCGGAGCACUCGACGACCACCGCAUAGCCCCUGCUCGGAGUGGAUCUAGGAGUAGGAGUAGGAGUGGGACUGCUAGGCAGCAUUAUUGAGUGAAUGUGAGGAGGGCGGGGCAGCUUGUAUACAAUACAAUACACACACAUACAUAUAGAUUUCAAAUCUGAACAGCGCAUGAGAAUCGAUUCGCAGAGAUAGAGAUCCCUCAUUUUUUGGAACUUGAUAGAUAAAAGUACGAGAAGUAAGCGUAAAAUGCAGUUAUUUAGUGUUAAGUCUGCAAAUAUUAGACCUAAGAUGAUUAUGAAUAUACAAAUAAUGAUACAUAUAGAUAUAUAAAUAUAUAUAUAUAUAUACAGCGAUGAUAUAUGUAUAUGUGCAAAGAACUUCUUAACAUACACAACACAAAUGCUUAAACAACAAGAAAAUGGAACACACAUCUAGAAAGGGCGUAGAGUUAUAAAGCAGAAACAAAAAUACCUUAACUGAAGAGAAGAGAAGCGAAGCGAAGCGAAGCGAAAAGAAGAGAAGAGAAGAGAAGAGAAGAGAUAAGAGAAUAAUUGAUAAAUUGUAUUAACUUAUGUUUGGGUGACAACUGCAAGCGCCUGCAAAACAGAAGAGAAUAAAGAUUGUUUAUAUUUUAAAAAUAUAAAAAAAUACACACACCAACCACACACACACACACACACACACACACACACACACACACACUUAUAAUAAAGAAUAAUGAUAAUAAGAAUGAUUUAAUUAUAAUAGCAGAAGCAAGUGUAUAAUAUGUAAACUAAUUCAAAAGCAGCGACUAAAUUUGAUUUAUAAUUCCCCCAUACUAUAUAAACUAACAACCUAACUAAUAAACAUCAACUUCUAAUAUAAGUUAAAUGAUUCGAAAACAAAACUCUAACUAAAUCUAAAAACAAAAACCAAAAACGAAAAAAAAAACAAACAAAAAAAAACACGCAAAACUUGGACUGAUUUUAUAAAUAUUUUUUUAAUCAUAUUAACUGAAAACAAAACAAAACAAAAACUGUAUAAAAAAUAUAAGUGAAAUAACAAGAACAACAACAACAAGAGAAAACGACAUAUUUUUUAUUAUGCCCUCCUUAUAUUUUUAACACGUGAAUUUACGAAGAACAUUUUUUAAGCGCCGUCGUUUUUUAUACAAUUUUUUUCUCGCAGUUUAUUUUGUAAUUUUCUUGAUUCAUGGAAACAAAUUGGCGUCGUUUUUUUAUAAAUAUAACAAAAUUGUAAAAAUUGUAAAAACAAAAAGUGAUUGGAGUUUUACUCAAAAAGGCAUUAACGGUAUUAAUUAAACAAUUACAAAAAAAAAGAAAAGAAAAAGAAAAAAACGCCACAUGGAAAACAAAAUGCACUUUUUGCUAAACUAAAUUUGAAUAAGUUUCAAUCACUUGGCAUGCACACUCACAUACACACACACACACACACAUACACCAAAAGACUUCAAUAUUAAUUUGUAAAUUAAAAUUGUAAAAUUUAAAAUGAAUGCAUACUUGUACAUUUUAGACAUUAAAUUUAAAAACACAAAAACAAUUUGGCAAAAUCAAAAUUUUGUUUUCUAACAAAAACAAGAACAACAACGUGCAAACUAUUUAAUUUUUUAUAUAUAUUUUUUUGGCAAUUUGCUUUAUUUGAAAUUAUGUUAUGCAAUUUAUAUUUUUAAUUUGAAUUUGAAUAUUUUGUUUAUGCUGCUUUUGCUUUUGAUUUUGAAUUGUAAUUUAAAACAAUGAAAGAAAGAAACAAAAACAAAUACAAAUACAAAUUGUUGGCCUUAUUUUAACUUAAAUCAAAUUUAUAUUAAUUUUAGUAGUGAUUUGUAAAAUACGAUGAGAAAACAAGAAAAUAACAUCAAAUAAACAAACAAUAUAUUAAUGUAAAUCCCAAUUAUUUUUUUAAUUGUGUGAAAACGUGGCAGACAUCUUUUUUGAAAUGUGCAAUUCUUUAAUUUUACUAUUAUUUUAAUUACUGUAUAAUUAUUUACGUUAAUUAAAUAUAAUCACAUCCACACACACACCAACACACACACACAUACAUACGGACACUCAUAUUUAAGUAAAUUUAAUUUAUAACCAUUGAAUUUCUUAUAUCGUAAAUCGUAUUUAAAGAAUUAUGAUUGAAAUCAUUGAAAGAAUCAAACAUAUAAAUAUAUUAACAACACUCUUCAGAAUAGAAAACAGAUACACAGUGAAUACUUUAAUUAUAAUUAAUCAAAUAAAUACAAAACUUAUAAGUGGAAGAAUCCCCAUUAAAAAUUAAAAACGCAAAAAAACACACUCUUAAGUUUCUUCUUUACACAAUUGAUUUUAAUUUUAAGUUUUCUAGUAUGCAUAAAGCGCGUUUAAUUAUUAUAAAUAAUUUGUUUUGUAGUUUUACCUACUACUCUAAUAUGUAUAAAACAAACAUUUAUCAUAAUCUAUAAAUAAUUUUUACUAUUUUACGUAAAUGCAAGAAUGGAGCAUGCAAAAACAAAACAGAAAUAUACAAAAUAUACACAAUAUAUAUGAAAAUAUGUUGAAUGAAAACAGCAAAAAAAAAACAA